CGUAGUUAUAACACUACAGCAACAGCAACAGCAACAACAACAGUUCAAUCAACUACAGAACUACAACACUGUCCUCGUCUGACGACUUCCUGACUGCACUGACGACUUUACUGCUCUGCUCUGUCUGCUUGAGCGGCAAACUCCCAAACCCCGACCUCCUACUCCACACUUCACUCUUCCUCUUCCCCGUCUCCAACGACACUCCUCAUCAGACAUCACUAUCAACACCAUCACCAUCAACACUACCCACACUCACUCAGCAUCACCACCGUGGCAGUGCAUGACAGCCUACCCACCCCGUGCUCGCUGCGCAGUCCUCCUGCCCAACAGCAGUCAUCCCCCCUCCGCCCACCUCCUCGCCCGCACACUUCCCACGCCCAACUCUCCCAGCGCCACUGGGACUCGCUCUUCCAUCUCAAUCCGUCGUCUUCAUCACCAUCUGCGAUGACGGUUGCUUCAAAUUCCUGUCCGCUGCUGCAACUGCCGACAGAAUUACUCGCGCACAUCCUCAAAAAAGUCGAUGGCCAGAGUCUGAUCGCCGUGUCUGAAACUUGCCAUCUCCUACACGCCCUCCUCAAACUGCGCGACGACAUCUGGCGCGACGCCGCCGUCGAACCCCUCGUCCGGCCGUCGUCCUCGUCUCUCGAAAAGAGCUCACCGUCGACCAUCACCGACGACGACUCCCGCAGCCUUUGCGCACCCUACACCUCCCACCGCGAGCUCUACCUCAAACUCCUGCCCUUCACCUGGUUCACCCCCGGGAUCUGGCACGGCAACCGCGACCUACACGGCUCGGUCUACGUCUCGCGCUACAACCGCUCGACAGGCCACCUCGAGGCCUACGAGCUCUACUGCGGCUACGACCGCCAGAGCGCGGCCUCGUUCACCGCGAACCUGGCCGCGAUCGCGUCGACGCUCGCGCAGACCGAGUGGUCUGUCAAUCCGGCGGUGCUGAUCCAGAACUUCAAUCCGAGCUUGCAGCUGUCGGUCACGCCCGUGCUCAAGUUCACGCCGACGACGACGUACGAUAAGCAGUUUGAGAUCGAGCAGCCGCGGAGUCCGCGCGGGAUGACGACCUCGUUCUUUCAUGCCGCGAGACUUAGUCCGGACAGGGUGUUUUACUCGCAAAUGAGUGUGUGGCCGCCGCAGCGCAUCCCGGCGCCAGAGCGGACGCGAAAUGAGAGUCCGACGGGGUUCAGAGGACAGGUGGUGGUCAACAACAUUAUCAACAAAUACACAAACAGCAGUAGUAGUAGUAGCAGCAGCAGCGGCAGCAAAGGCGCGGUGUGCUGCGAACACAUAUUCCGACUCCGGCGGUGGAUCUCGUUUGUGCACGCGGACGCCUACGGGGUGAUUAUGGGCGAGCGCGUGGAGACAGUCGCGCGACUGCAGCCCGAACUAUACACGCCAGACGCGGAGCACAGUCUUCGCGGGCUGUGGGUCGGCGACUACGACUCGCACGGCGGCGAGUUCAUCCUCUUCCACCAAGACGAGUCGGACAAGAACCGAUUAGAAGCAAUCAAAUUGACCGGGGACGCGAACGUUCCGCGCGGGGAGGUUACGUUUGUGGUCGAUGAUUUGUCGCAUGUCGAGCGGGUUGCUACGGAGCCGGAGUGGCCGGGUGCGCGGAUUGUUGCCGCGCGAGGACAUACGGCGAUGCUUAAUUUUGUGAAUGGGACGUUUUCGCCGACGCAGCUGAUUAUAGUGAAUGAGAACUUGGUGGCGCAUUAUUGGAUUAAUCUGUAUAGGAUCAUGAUGUACCGGCGGGUGAACGUGGACGAUUUGCUGGCGGGCGGGAGUGGGUUGGUGUGAUGUAAUUGAUUUUGAUUAUGAUAUCAUGAGAUUAUGUAAAGAGGAAAGUUCGGGUCGGUUAGAGAAGCGAGGAGACGAUAGACGAAGAGAAGAGAAGAAGAAGUAGCGGCCGGCGUCGGCGCGCGCGCGGGAGAAGAGGAGGAGAGAGUUAAGGUGGGCGUGGAAGUGGAGUGGAAGUUGAGGAUGGGGAAGAGGAGAUACGAG